CUCUGCAGCGCGUUGCUAGGAGACAUCCCCUUCGAGUUCUAGAAGUCAAAUCUGAAGUCAUCUUUUUUUUUCCUUUAUUUUUUCCCGGCAUCCCUUUCUUUCUUCUCCGCUCGGGCCUAAUCGGUUGCAGGAGACGCACUCAGCUUCUAGGGCGGGGAGGACUAUUUAUCCUUGCAAUGGGCUUGGAUCUUGGAAGAGUAGUGUCCUCCCAAGGGCCAGGGGGCGAUCUCUCAAGUCAGCUUCCUCUAGUUUAGGGCUCCUUCUGGACCCUCUAGCUACCGCCUCGAUGCCCGAGAGUGGCUGAGACCAAAUGAGGACGAAAAGGCUAGGGAGUCGGGGUUGGAGGAAAGGUAUGAUUCUGGACUGAACCAAAUGCACCGCUAAGUAGGGGUCUUCCAGGGUCAGAUAGGUAGAAUACGUCUCUCUCUUAUUCCUCUUUAAGAAGAUACACUCACACAAUAUUAAAAGUAGUUCUCUAGUCUUCUUAUCUAGCUUCUAUUCGAUAACUUCCUCCGUUCUAAGUUUACCACUCACUUGUAAUCUCUGCGCGUACUCCCUGUCUAACUCUAAACUUGGUACGGUCCAAUCUAGAGAGGCGGAGGGAGGAAAAGGAAGCGGGCCUUUCUUAAAGGUAUAGAAGCUAUUUUUUGGCCUUCAAUUUUGCGUCAACAAGGGCGGUAGAGCCGAUUUCAGUGACACCGGGGGCCUUCCCCCCCUUACAGCUGGUGUUGCGACGACAGGAAGAAGGGUGGAGAGGAAGGUCUUAGAACCGGUCCCGGGGCCCCGAGGGAGGGGCAUAGGGGCACCUGCACCCUUGCAGGAGGAAGGAGAGCGAGGCGCCGGCGGCUGCACAUCUGGACCGGCUGAUGCCUGGGACGGCUGGGGGGACUUGCACAUCUGGGUCCCACUCGGGGCGCAGGCCGCUGGGUCCACUGCAACCCCGGAGCGGCUGAUGCGCUGGAGCAGAGGGAGGGGCUGCACAGCGGCGGCGCCGAGGAGAUCCCGGGGGCAGAAUAGAGGGGCCGAGCGAGAGCCCGGAGCGCCUUAGCUCGCAGACAGGGCUUGCCCAAGCUGACCAGCGGGGGCCCGCGGCGUGAGCUGCUUGGGGACCGCUCUCCACCUCACUGCGAGAGGCCGACCAUCCCCACCCUGCCGAGAUGCCGGAAGAAAACAUCUUUCUGUUCGUGCCCAAUCUCAUCGGCUAUGCCCGGAUCCUCUUCGCCUUCAUUUCCUUCUACUUCAUGCCCAGCUGUCCUUUGACGGCCUCCUCCUUCUACCUGCUUAGUGGGCUCUUGGAUGCCUUCGAUGGACAUGCGGCCAGAGCCCUGAAUCAAGGGACACGGUUUGGGGCAAUGUUGGACAUGCUGACUGAUCGAUGUUCUACUAUGUGUCUGCUGGUAAACCUAGCUCUGCUGUACCCUCGGGCCACCCUACUCUUUCAGCUCAGCAUGAGCCUGGAUGUUGCCAGCCAUUGGCUGCACCUACACAGCUCGGUGGUCCAAGGUAGUGCAAGCCACAAAACCAUUGACCUGACAGGGAAUCCUAUCCUUCGACUCUACUAUACUUCCCGGCCAGUGCUAUUCAUCAUGUGUGCUGGGAAUGAAAUUUUCUACUGUCUGCUUUACUUGCUCAGUUUCUCAGAGGGACCCUCAGUGGGUUCAGUAGGUCUGUUCCGAAUGGGACUCUGGGUCUCUGCUCCUAUUGCUUUCCUCAAGUCCAUCAUCAGUGUCAUCCACUUGGUCACUGCUGCACGAAACGUGGCUGCCCUGGAUGCUGCUGAUCGUGCCAAGAAGGAAUAGCCCUGAUGUCUUCUCUGCCUCCAGCAAACUUCCUGCCCCAUUCCUCUCCGCCAUGCCUUGCCCACCAUCCACCAUGGUGCUGUUAUGCCCUCCCCCAAUGAGGUCAGCCUUUUAUAUAACAUAAGGCAUAUCCUCCACAGUGCUGUGUUCCUUCCACUCCCACCCCAUGCUGUCAGAACCUCUUCCAGGAUGUCACUGUUCUUUGUUCCCACUCCCAAACGGUGUCAUUUCCCUGUGAUGAGGGUAGAACCCAGAUAUUAGAUGAGGGUUCUCUUUGUGGGGGCAAUGAUGAAGUCCCAGCCACAGGAGAUGAGGCCAUAGCCUCCAUGACUUGGGGAUGGCCAUAGUCCAAGGGUGACUAGGCUCCUUAGGAGAAGGUAUGGAGGAACAGAGGUGUGUCCUUGCACUGAACCAGGCAAGGGGGCUGUUGUUCCAGUCCCAGGAGAUGGUGUGACCCAUGCAAGUGGUGCUGCUGUGUUUGAGGGAGACGGUGUGGGGGCUGGCUCUCCACUAGGGGCCAAACUCCCCUCCUCUUGGUCUGAAUGUCUGAAUUGGAGGAGUCUUUGCCCAGGAGGGAAGGAGGUUCACUGGAUCCUUCCCUGUUGUACUAUCUCAUGAUGUGUAACCUGGCCCUGAGGCCUUGAUGAUAAAGGAGGAAACUUCACAAUCAGA